AUGGUCUCCUUUGAAGGUCCGACUGUCCUCGGAGAUUUUCUGAAUUUGCAGCUUGAUCAACCAAUUCACUGUAAGAUUGACUCCGCAGGCCGACCUAUAUAUCGCAGUCACAACGAAUUUGGCCCAAUAAGGAACAUGAGGAAAAUCAUUCCAAAAAUCGUUGAUUUCGGGGGUGCCACGACAUUCAAUCACGAGGGCCAAUGGGGGUUGUAUCCCAUCCAACCGGAUCAUUACCGUGCACCUGAGGUCAUCCUUGGCUGUGGCUGGAAGACGAGGGCUGAUAUCUGGAAUCUGGGAGUUCUUCAUCCAAGCUCUGGGAUAGCAUCCAAGGAACGGAACUCUUUUGCCAGGUCCACGAUGCGCAUGGUCGGUAUUAACCAAAAACUCAUCUUGCAGAAAUGA